UGGUAUUUUUUUUGGGAGCUUUGUUUUGAAUUUGGGGCCAGAGACUGGAAUAAUCUUCUGAUUAUGUAUAGCCUGCGCCUCCUGAGGAAACUGAGAGGAGUGCCUCCUACCAAUGGCCUCCGGGAAUUGGCUAGUCAGCACAAACGCCGACCCCAGCUAGGUGCCCUGUCCUCCGAUCGCCUGGAGGAAUUGAGGACUAGUUUCGUUUCGGGCCGUCAUGAGCUCAGUGCCUCCGACUGGCAGGAGGUGAGGCAAUCACUGCUUAAGAGCUACAAGCACAUUAGCGAGCACAACGUGGAUGCCGUCAUCCUAGGAGUAUGCAGUGGUCCGGGCCAACUCUCUCUGGCCAAGAACUAUGUGGAGUUCCUGCGUAGUCGGGGCUCGGAACCAAACGCUGCUUCCCUGGGGCGCCUUCUAAGAAUCUACAAUGCCGCAUACCAUGAGAGACUGCUAAGCGAUGAGGAGCAGGUUGAGGUUUGGAAGAUAUGCGAGUCCCUGCACAAGGAUCACGAAACUUUGGACGCGACCAGCUGCGAGAACAUAAUCCACGGCCUGGUUACCACCAAGGAUCACUGGAGACGGGCGCCAGCCCUUCUUGAGAUGAUGAAGGUAACCAGUUCGCCCAGCAUAGCUGCCUAUAGUGCAAUAUCCGAAAAAGCAUUCACCGAAGAAGCCCUGGACAAGCAAGAGGACCCUCUUUCCUGGCGGCUCUUAGAGGAAAUGGCGCUGGAGAGAAAGCCCCCAAAAUGUGAGGUUUAUCUUGCUUUAAUAAACCGCCUAGCCAAGGAGCCGGCAUUGGUUUCAGCGCAAUUGGAUCGUCUGUUGAACUUUCUCGAGCGCCACGAGAUUCUUGUGAGUAGGCGCGUGGCUGAAAGAUUGCUGGAGCUUGCCCAACAGUUACCCAAAUCUCUGCAUGUGUCAGACACUCUCCUUAUAGCCCCUGGAAAAUGCCAGUCUUGCCAGCAGCAUUUUCAGCCGGUGGCCAUCAGCGAUGAGCAGUUCCGCAUGUUGAGCGAGAGUUUUCUGGAGCGCGUGCUCAUCCGCAGCGACGUCUUUCAGCGUUCUACGCCCAAGGAGGUGGCUAGUUUCAAAAAGUUUGUGGACCGAACCGCUCCUUACGACUGCGUAAUCGAUGGCCUUAACGUUGCCUACUCGACGGGCACUAAGAAGUCGCCCAAACAGCUGGCGAAGUUGGUGGCUACUGUGGUCAGCCACUUCCGGGAGCAGAACAAGCGGGUCCUUGUCCUAGGACGCGAGCACAUGCGUAAUUGGUGCAAGCAGUCGAUGCACUACGUCCAAAGCAAUGCUAGUCUCUUUCUGACAAACAAUUUGUCCCAUGACGACCCCUUCCUACUUUACGCCACUCUUAAAAGCGGCUCGGAUACAGACUUCUUCUCGAGGGACUUGAUGAGGAGCCAUGCAUUUCACCUGGGUCCUGAGAUGAAGCCAAUCUUCAGGCAAUGGCAGCAACAGCACCAGUUUUCACUAGUCACCCAAACAAAAACAGGCAAGCUCAUAGUCAAGGAACCUAUACGUCACCGAUUGGUAGCACACAAAGUCACCGGCACUUGGCAUGUUCCCUAUUGCGAGGUGUACACCCCGCAUCCGUCGGACAGCUUUGAAGUGCCCCCCAACUGGCUGUGCCUGAAGCUGGGUGAACAAACCCCUCAAGAGAAGUCGAAGGAAGAGGCGCACUAGCUUCCCAAACAAAUGAUCGUUUUUUUUCGAACUUGGCACCAAAGAGUUACAAAUAAAUCGGAGUACCACCAGCAGCUCCCUAGGGAAUUA